AAUGUUUGGAGCGCAAUGCAGCCCUUCGCUUGGACAUCAAACAGAUUAGGGCGCAUUCAUACUUCUGCACUGUGCAUUGGAACAACGUGACCAAGAGGGUUGGCAAGGCACCCCUCGGAUAUGAUGAUGAGAAUCCUAAUAUCAACAUACGACAUUCUGAAGACAAAGCACUCGCCUAGAAUUUGUACCUGAAGCUUCUGACGAAGAGGAAUCCCUGGACGUAGGUCAAGUGGAGUCGAGUGCGCAAGAUUAUGUACAACGUUUCAGGCAGCGCUCUGCAGUCAUGGACCUAGGACACACUCCAGCAGGUCCAUUAUCAUUGUGGGAUGCUCUUGAUUUGGAGAUCAACUCCGUUUCCUCACACUACUCUAACCCAAGCACAACCAGUCAUGAGGAACCACCAGAGAACUUUGGCACACUGCGAAAAAGUCGGUCAGUAACCUUUCAAGAUCGUGCCCGGUCCACCCUAUCUAUCGCAAGCACCGUCCCUUCCACCAAAUUGCAUGCCCAAAAUAAGCUUCGCAAGAGGAUGUGUUCUGCAAGCACCCCUACACUUAGGUCUCCUCACCUUGAUCCGUCGCUCAAGAAACUUCCCCUUGGCAUCAAACAGAUUGGCUACAGCAUCGGUUUCAGCCCCCCUAUGGAACCCCUUUCUUCUCGCUUGAAAUUGGUUUAUCGAUCUGCUAUCCGCACAUGUCAAAAGCUGGUGCCAGUCAUAUGUCACAAAAUCUCUAGAAAGACUUUAUCUAAACGCAAGACAUCCUCGCCAACAGACUCAAGUAGUGCCCAUGACGCGACUGUAGUAAUGCGUGGGCUCUAUGGGCCAACCUGGACACUUGGUAUGGAGUCCCUGCCACCUUCUGCGGCUACAGACACACUCUCAGCCACAACCAACGACUCGGAAGGCCCAGUGACACCAGAGACUCUGUUCUUUGCCCAGACAGUGGGAAUAGUGCACCAUGAGUUAUCCACCCUUCACUUGGUACCAUCCUAGGGUCUUCAGUCUUUUUUAUGAUUGUUUUUCCAGCCUCACAAUCACGCUGCAUUUUAUUGAUAUUGAUGUUCCGCUCAAUUUUUUCCUUUGAUCAGCUCCCUUGUCCAAUCACAGGACUUUGUCAUAAAAUGGAUGUCUUAACACCCGC